AUGAGGUCUUGCAGUCUGUGCAUCGUGCUAAGUUUGGCAGUAGCAGUUUACUGCGGGCCAGUAUCACAAGUUGCUGUGCAAGAUGAACGUUUUGCAGAGAGCUACCUGAAGAAAUUCUUCAACCUAAAAGAGGAGACAGGUCCAACUGUCAGACAGCUAAUCAGCCCAGUGAGCAAUAAGCUUAGAGAGAUGCAGCGAUUCUUUGGUCUCCAGAUCACCGGGACCCUGGAUGCUGAAACCUUAGAGAUGAUGAAGAAGCCCCGCUGUGGCGUUCCAGAUGUCAACAUUGCCAGAUUCUCCACGUUUGGAGAAAAUCUCAAGUGGACUAAGAACAGCCUCACCUACAGGAUAGUGAACUACACACCUGACAUGCCAGUGUCAGAGGUCGAUGACUCCAUAGAGAAGGCACUGCAGGUUUGGGCCAAAGUCACUCCUCUGAAAUUCACAAGAAUCAACAGUGGCACCGCUGACAUCAUGAUCUCCUUUGGCCGCCAAGACCAUGGUGAUCGUUACCCCUUUGAUGGUCCUGAUGGCACUCUUGCCCAUGCCUUCGCCCCAGGACCUGGAAUUGGAGGAGAUGCUCAUUUUGAUGAAGAUGAAACGUUCACUUUCCGUUCAAACGAUGGCUACAUCCUCUUCAUGGUGGCUGCCCAUGAGUUUGGCCACUCCCUGGGCUUGUCUCACUCUCAUGAUCCUGGUGCUCUCAUGUACCCAAUGUACUCACACAGAAACCCUGACACCUUUGUUCUGCCGCGGGAUGAUGUCAACGGCAUUCAGUCUCUCUAUGGUCCAAACCCUGACAAGGACCCUGUUAAUCCUGGACCUGAGCCUCCAACCACCCCUGAUGCCUGUGAUCCAACCAUGGUCUUGGAUGCUGUCACCACCCUGCGAGGAGAGAUGUUCUUCUUCAAAGACAGUUUCUUCUGGCGUAGCUACUACCAGAGUGCAACACCAGAGCAAAUUCUCAUCAAAAACUUCUGGCCCAGUGCCCCCGUCAACAUCGACGCUGCUUAUGAAAGCCGACGGUCAGACAGCGUCUUACUCUUCAAAGGUCAGAAAGUGUGGGCUUUCAGUGGCUAUGAUCCUGUACCUGGCUAUCCUAAAAGUCUUAGCAGUUUUGGACUGCCAGAAAACGUGAGGAAAAUCGAUGCAGCGCUCUAUGAUGAGGAAUCUGGCAAGACUCUGUUCUUUGUAGGCAACAAUUACUACAGUUAUGAUGAGGCCAAAAGGACUAUGGACCAGGGAUUCCCCAAGCGUGUGGCUCAGACCUUCCCAGACCUUCCCAGCAAGGUGACUGCAGCUUUCCAGUACAGAGGUUAUGCUUACAUCUACAGUGGACCCUACAUGUUUGAGUACCACCUGAGGACGAGGACGUUCUACCGUGUGCUGACGAACAGCUACUUCUUGCCCUGCAGUAACUUCUAGGCCAGUUUAUUAGCUAGUUUGUUUAUGUAGCCACCCUGAAUGAAUGUACA